AUGCUCCCCUCUACGAUGACCUGGAUGAUGAUCGCUGCCGGUGUGGUCCAUGGCAUGGCGUUUAAUCCUCGUCAGCUAUCCCCAGCUGCCACAACGACCGGCGGUACUGCUACACCAACACUUCGAAACGGGAGUACAGUAUCGAAGAACUUCGAAUCGCUCAACAAUGACACCUCUUCUUACUAUCUUGGCUACCGCGAGGAGGACUUUGCUCAGCCUUACGCUAAAUAUUGGAACCCUGUGGUUGCUCCUCUCACAGAAGAGCUAAUCAGUGGCCUGACGAGUAGUCCUAUGGCAGAGGCACUAUCCUUUUCCGCGCACCAAGCCUCCGACUACUUGACUCGACCCGGAUACUUGAGCUUGGAGAAUGGUUAUACCAUUGACAAGAAUGGAACAGUGAUGAUCGCUGCACUCUCCGAGGUACCCGAGGUUACUGGAGACGCGUAUGACUGGUGGUUCGGCUGGCACUCAGUCCAGACUGCACGCUACAAACUUUGGAACCCUGUGGCUCAUCAAUAUUCCUAUCGAGUACCAGUAACCGAGAACUGGGCCAAUGCUACUCUCAAAGAGCGCUAUAUUGGCAUGACCUCGUUUAUUGACGAGUACGUGGGAAAUGAUGCAGCGCAGCUCAGUAUUCAGUUUCUCAACCCCGAAUCGCUUGGAUUCAAUGUCACCGCGUGGCCUAGUCAGGGUAUUGAGACUAUCGUCGCUGGAAGGAUAAAAAUUGGAGGCUUCACCACCACCGACUUUGAUAACGUCUCAUACUUGAUGCACCAAAUUCGUCGCAGACCUGACGGCAAGCGGGAGCUCCGAUCACGCUUCUGGAUCGCAAAGGAGAAUCAUGGAACUCAGCAGCUCGGCCAUGACCUUGCUGUGCACUGCCAAAUCGAAAUGACCCGUAAGCUCCCCAAGAUUGACUAUCGCAAUUGA